AUGAAUAUAAAUUAUUUAGAAGAUAAAUGCACUAAAUCUACUUCAAGUAAAAUUAGUUACAAUGAUAAAGCAAUAUCAUUGAAUAAUCUCAAAAAAAUAUUAUUAGAUGCAGAUGUAAUAAUAGAUUCAUCAAAAUUAAUAAUUAGAAAUAAUGAUAAUUUUGAUAUCCAAUUAAUAAAUAAUAUUAAUGAUAGUUUUGUUGAAAAAAUUAGCAAUCUAUUGUUAGAUAAAAAAAGAAAUAUUAUACCUGAAGAUGAACUAAUAGAUUUUGUGUUUCUGAUAAUGAGAGAAAGAAAAGAAAAUUAUACAUCAAAAAAAGAAUCUAGAGAAAAUCAAUUGUCUAUUUCAAACAACGAAAAUGUUAGAUGUCCUAUAAAAGAUGAAGUUAGUAGUUUAAUACAAAAAAUAAAUAACUUUUACUCUUAUUUUAAUGAAAACACAUUGGAAGAAAAGUUAACAUUAAAAAGAUCCAGUUUACAAAGUGAAAUAAAUUAUAAAAAUGUUAUUGUUGAAGAUAAUGAAGCAUUUAAAAAAAAUGUUAUAGAUAACAAUAACAGCAUGAUAAAAGAAAGUAGAGAAAAAUCAGAUGUACUAAAAAAAAAAGAUAAAAAUCCACAUAUAAGUGAAAUUGAAAAUACUAUGCGAAAUUUACUUAAUAUUAGUAUUAGUGAAAAGGAGUCAGAAGAAUUUAAUAAAUAUAUAAAUAUAUGCAUUGAAAAGAGAAAAUUAAAUAGAGAAAAAGAUAAAACAAGUAGCUACGCAAAUAAUAAAAAUGAAUUUAAUGAACCUAUAAAUAUAAAUAUCACAAAAGAAAAAAUGAAGGAUAAUAAUGUUAGUUCUUAUAGUAAUAUUAGCGUAAUAGAAAAUGAAAGAAAUGCAAAAUUAAAUUAUGUACAUGGCAAAAAAGGUUUAACGCCAUCACAAAAAGAAAGAGAUGGAAGUGAUAAGAAAAAUGAUUUAGAUAAUUUAAUUAGCAAAAUAGAUAUGAAUUAUGAAGAAAAAAAAAAAAAAAUCAAUAAUAAUUUUUCAAAAAAUUAUAUAUGUGAUGAUUUGAAAUCUCAUAGUAGCAUCAACAACCAUAUUUAUAGGAACAUAAAAUGUAAUGAUGAUGAUAAUAUUAAAAAAAAUGGUAAAAUUAUAGAUAGCAAUGAAACCUACAUUAACAAUGAUGAGAAAAAUGUUUUGAAUAAUGAAAAUAUGAUUAUGAAUAAAAAUGAAAAUUUAAAAAUAAACAACAAAAAUAAAAUGAAAGAAAAUACUAAAGAAAAUUAUUUAGCAUAUACAUGUAAUGAUAUUUAUUCAAAAGAAAGUGAUACCCUACAAGAAUUGUACUAUGAUAAAACGUUAUUACAUAACAAUUUAAAUUUAUCAAAAGAUAGAACAACUUAUAAUUUAUCAGAGAUAAGUGAAGAUAAAAUUUCGAAUAAUUCAUAUGAUCACACCAGUAGACUUAUUAAAAAUAAGUUGUUAAUCAGUAAUAAAAGUACUGCUUCAAAUAGUUCCUAUCAAUAUAUUACUAAUAAAAAUUAUAAAAUGAAAGAUUGUAUGAAUAUAGAAAACAUGAAUGAGAAAAAAGAAGAUACUUUAAAAAAUUUGGAAAUAAAAGAAAAUAAAAUUGAUGAAAAUAGACAAUAUCAUAAUAAAGAUUUAAUAAAAAUUCAUAAAAAAAAAUUUUGUUACGACAUCAUUAAUUUUGAAAGAAAUGAGAGAAAUUUGGUAGAAGAAUCUAAUUACACUAUAUAUGAUUCAAAGGAAGAGUUUACUACAAAAAAAAAUAACUAUUAUAAAAAUAAAAAUUACCCUAAACUGAAGGGAGAUGAUUUUAUUUAUGAUAAGAAUAAAAAAUGUUUUAUUAAUUCAAUAGAAAAAGAUAUAUUUAUUCAUAUGGAGCAAACAAAGGAAGAAAAUUACAAUUCUGAUCAUGUUUAUGAUGCUGAUAAAAAAGAGACUAACAGUUUAGUUUUAAAUUAUAAGAGAAGUAUAAUAAAAGAUGAAACAAGUCAAACUAACGAGAUAGAAAAUAAUAAUGAUACAAAUGAAAUCAAUAAUAUAAAAUUGAAUAGAAGUAAUUAUAGUAAGCUAUCACAUGAUGUUUCUAGAAAUUUAAAUAAAGAAGAGGAUAACAGCACCUUAGAAGAGUAUGCCAAUAUAAAUUAUUUUAACGAUGAGUGCAUGUUAAAUAAAAAAGAGAAUAGCUUUAAUUUAAAAUUAGAUAAAUACUUAUACAAAGAAAAUAAAAUUGACGAAAGUUUGAGUAAUUAUACAGAAAAGAAAAAUUCUUUUAAGAAAAUAGAAAAAUGGACAAGUGAAGAUAAGAAUUCCGAAGCAUUAUCAGAAUGUGAACAAAAAAGAAUGAUUAUAAAUAAGAGUAGAAUAAAUGAAUUAGAAACUAUUAAAGACAAUUUUAUUUCUUAUAGUGAUGAACAAAAUGAUUAUAAAAAUGAUAUUGCCUUAUAUAAUGAUAAUGAUACGUACUCUACUGACUGUUGCUUAAAUACAUUUAAUAAAAAAAAAAAACAUAAUUAUAAUAAGAUAAAAAAGAAAUUAAACAAUAAUUUUGUUAAUAACAAGGAUGAACACAAUAUUUGUUCUAAUAGCCUUUCCCCUCCUUACGAAAAUGAAAUAUAUUCAAUAGAGAAAGAAAAAAACUUUGAUAAAAAUGAAAAGAGAGAAAAAAAGAGUCUUUUAAAUAGUAAAAAUACGAGUAAUGAUUCGGAGAAGUACCCAUCAAAAGAAAAAUACGAAAUUCGAUCAAAUCAAAGUGAUAGAUGUAACUAUUUGAUAAAAAGUAAAAAUGAAGGGAAUAUGUUUUUUGACUUAAAAAAAAAAAGUGAAGGAAUUGUUAACAAGUUUAAUAGAGACUAUUUAGAAAGAAAAACAGAGAGUAAAAGUAAAAAAUUAAAUCAUUUUAAGAGUAUUACAAAUGAAAAUAUACUAAACAAUAAAACUGAACUUGAUGAUAUAUAUAAUGAAAAUAUUUCUAAUAGCAUAGAAAAUAAAAUUAAAACCAACAUAUUAGAGAAAGCAAAUGAAAACAAUUUCGAUCAAAAAAAUUUUUUAUUUUUAAAAAGAAAGGAAGAAGACGAUUCCCGAUUACAAAAAUGGCUAAGUAAAGUAAAUUCUAGAGAAAAAGAGAAGAAAAAGAAAAUUCAAGAAAAAAAAGAAGAAGCACAAAAAAAAGAAUUAGUAGACUGCACUUUUCAUCCUACUUUAAAUACCAAUAGAAUGAAAAAAAUGGAUAUAACAAAAAAGAAAGAAAUAAAUAUAUAUAAUAAAGAAUUCGUUAAAAUAAAUAAAAAUUAUAAUAAAAAUAUCUUUUAUGAAGGAGAAGAAAUUAUUACAUUAAAUAAUUUCUAUCAAUCAGAGAAACAAAAUAAAAGUAGAAGCAGUAGCAGUAAUAAUACUACUACUGAUAAAAAAAAUAGUAUAUUUAUAAAUAACUUUUCUUAUGAAAAUAACAAUGACAAUUGUUUUAAUAAAAAUAAAAAUUAUGAAGAUAUGUCUACUACUAUGAUAAUAAAUGACAUGAAAAAAAACAAUGAUCAACUAGUUGAUAGCACUAGAAAAAAUAAAAUAGACAGAAACAAAAUAUUAUAUUGGAGGGGUUUGAAGCACAAUGAAGAAUUAAAAAAGAAAAAAUAUGAAUUAGAAAAAUUAAAAGAAGAAGAAUUAAAAAAAGAGUGCGUAUUUCAUCCAAUAAUAAAUGACAAUGUUAAAAUUUAUUUGUCCGAAUUACCAAGAGGAUAUAAAAAGACAGUAGAUAGAAUUAAAAAAGGUAUUGAAGAAAAAAAAAGAGUAAAUGACUUUUUAGAAUAUAGAAUCCCAAAUGAUAAUAUUAAUAGAAAUGAAAAAAUGGAAAUUUCUCCUUUUAGUUUUGAUAAAGGAUUUUACAAAGUAAAGAUAAAACCAGUUUAUUUUGAAACAAAAAUAAAAAUAUCUGAAAAUAAAAUUGCUUCAUUAGCUAUUCGUGAAGAUGAAGAUCCAUUAUAUAUUGUUGAUAUUUUUUGUAAAAUUCAUGCAAUUAAAAAUGAAGAUAAAAAUAUAUUAUGCGAAUAUAUUCUUGAUGAAUUAAAAAAAUUACAUCUAAAAAAUUAA